AUGCCCAUUGCCUACUUGCCACAGCUCCAGCAACAGCAACAACGACAGCAACAGCAACAGCAACACAGCAACAGCUCCGGCAACCUCAAUCUCAACGACUACUUCACAACCACUCCCACUCCCACUUUCCCGCAGUUCAAGAUGGGCUGCAUUCUGUCUAAGUUUGAGGGCGCCAAGGCCAAGUUCUUCGCCUGGCUUUAUGCCCGGGUGCGCUCCCCACGCACCCGCUCUUUUUUCACUGCACGACACCGGAGCCCAUACUAUGAGGCUCCCAACCCCUUCCCAGAGGGGAUCCUUCCGGCAGGUGAGCCGGAGCCGAAAAUCCUUCGGUCGCCCCAAGGGACCGAUGAGAGGAAGGCCAAUUAUCGGCGAGGAACGGUCGCCUGGGACCAGGACUUGGCAAAACCGGCAUUUAAAUGCCUGACCCCGUUGGGCUCCGCCUACCAGCGGUCCAAGCCCGACUUGGCCAAGUGA